GUUUGGAACAAGCGAGCAUCAUCUUCUUCUUUGUUUCCCAUUCAAUCUCUACAUAAAUAACAAUUUUCGAAACUAGGGUUUUGAGCAUCCACAAUCAGCAUCUACGCGGCAGUCUCAGUUCUGCCACCAAAAUGCCGAAACAAAUUCAUGAGAUCAAAGAUUUCCUUCUCACUGCUAGAAGGAAGGAUGCUCGUUCUGUGAAAAUUAAGAGGAGCAAAGAUGUGGUGAAGUUCAAAGUACGAUGCUCCAAAUAUCUUUAUACUCUUUGUGUUUUCGACUCGGAGAAGGCAGACAAGUUGAAGCAAUCUCUUCCACCAGGUUUGAGUGUGCAAGAUCUGUGAAACAAUGGUUAAAGUCUCAAAGGAUCACAAGAAUGAGAAUUAGAUUUUUUGUAUGAUGUCCUCCCCCCCCCCCCCCCCCCCCCAACUAUUUAUUUAAAUUGGAUUUGAGCUUGUAGUAAUCCAUAUUUAUCUUCGUUUUUGAGUGGAUUUGAUUGGAAUUUAGAAUUGUUAUGAUGAGUUUAUUAUGUGGGUUAAUGUUUAGCUAAAAUUAUGGCUUGGAUAACUUGGAAUUAAGUAAGUUUGAAAACCAUUGAAACUCAAA